CGGAAACUGAAUGUUACACAACACCGGCGAGAACGGGUCCGAGAGACAGACUCUCACUAACUCAAAGAACAUGAUCAGCAUUAUGAAUGUGAAAAACCAGCAGCUCCAGUGACGAUCAAGACUGAUCUACGGUCAGAGGGGAAAAGUCGCCGAUCAGUUUUGCGGUGCGUAAAGAGAGCGAGCGUGGAAACCAACAAUGACUUUAGCGCUUAAGAGCUGGAUGGCCAACGAGGGACCCAAACACUUCAUCAUGAUGGUUUGGGUUGGAGUGAAUGUCUUUCUGUUCUGGAGAACCUUCAUGCUGUACUACAGCGGAGCGCAGUAUUAUUAUUUACACAAGAUGCUGGGGUUGGGUCUGUGCAUCAGUAGAGCAUCGGCGUCUGUGUUAAACUUAAACUGCAGUCUGGUUCUGCUGCCCAUGUGCAGAUCAGUACUGACGUUGCUGCGGGCGUCUCAGCGGGUGACCAGUCGACAGGUUCGCCGGUUGUUGGAUAAGAGUAAAAUGUUUCACAUGACUUGUGGAAUCACUAUAUGUGUCUUCUCAGUGAUUCAUGUAAGCGCUCACCUCAUGAACAUGGUCAAUUUCUCCGUGAGAUAUUCUGAGGAUUUUCCUGAACUGAAUGUGGCUCAAUACAAAGGACAGGACCCCAGAAUCCUCAUCCUGAGCACAGUUCCUGGAGUUACUGGUGUUCUGUUGGUCAUUGUGUUAUGUCUGAUGUUUACAGCGUCAUCUUACAGCAUUAGGUUUUCGAGCUAUGAGAUAUUCUGGUACACUCACAAUCUCUUCAUUGUGUUUUACCUUAUUCUGAUGCUCCAUGUAGUGGGGGGCGCUUUAAAAUAUCAGUUAAAUGUGGAGUCCCACCCACCCGGCUGCGUACACACAAACCUCAGUUCACACUCGCUGACCAAUCACAGAGCAGCAGGAGAAAAGGACUCCCGGUCAGUUUGUCUAGAAGAGGCGUGUUUUCAAACCCAUUUCCCUCAGACAUGGCUGUGGGUCUCGGCUCCCCUCUGUCUGUACUGUGCCGAGCGGUUGUAUCGCUACAUUAGAAGUACUGCUGAACCUGUUACCAUCAUUAAUGUUGUCAGUCAUCCCUGUGACGUCUUAGAAGUGCGCAUGCUGAAGAGUGGCUUCAAGCCCCGCCCAGGGCAGUACAUACUGCUGAACUGCCCGAGUGUGUCCUCUUUUGAAAAUCAUCCCUUUACUCUUACCGUGUGUCCAACAGGGAAGAAUGCAACGUUUGGUAUUCAUCUCAGAGUGCUGGGGGACUGGACAUCGAGAUUUUCUCAGCUGCUGCUCAAACAGUCAAACAGCUCCGAGAUCCUUCCCAUGAUGCAACAGAGGAGAUAUCCCACAGUGCAUGUGGACGGUCCGUUUGGCAGUCCGUCAGAGGAGGUGUUUAAUUAUGAGGUCAGCCUGUGUGUGGCAGGCGGGAUCGGAGUCACACCAUUUGCUUGUGUUCUGCAGGCUCUCUUUGAGGAUUGGCGUCAGUAUAAAUUGAAGAGGUUGUAUUUUGUUUGGGUGUGUAGAGACCUUCAGUCCUUCUACUGGUUCGCUGAUCUUCUGUGUGGCCUUCAUGAGAGGCUGUGGCAUAACAAUCGUCCAGAUUAUCUGAAUGUCCAGCUGUACCUCAGUGAUUCUCAGGGAUUACAGGACAUCGGCGAGGAGCGAUACCGUUUCCUGAGCUCGAGGCUUCGGAUUGGCCGACCAAAGUGGAAGCUCCUUUUCCAGGAGAUAGGAAGAGCCAAUCAGCAUAAAAGAGUGGGAGUGUUCUGCUGUGGACCCAAAGGAAUUUCUAAAGCAUUACACACUCUGUGUAACUCAAACCCACACUCAGGAACUGCUUUUGAGUACAACAAAGAGUCCUUCAGCUGAGAGAUCACAAACAAACGAAUCAGAAGCCAAAUAAAAAUGCCAAAGAAACCUUUUCCUCUCUGCUGAGGAAUGAAGAUCAGAAGACGUCUGCACUUCACAGCAGCAUCAUCAUCAUCUUCAGAUGGUAACCAAGUUGAAAGAUUUGCACAGCGCUUAAGUUGCACAUGUAUUCAGGGAUCAGUUUUUCUACAUGAAUCUACACAACCCUGGAAAGACCUUUAUACAGAGAGUUUACACAAAAAAAUGAUCAAACAAAUGAUGAAAACAUCUUAAAACAAGAUGAUGAUCAGAAAUGAUGACAGUAUUUACAUUUUGGAUGAAUUUUUGCUCUAUUACCUUAAAAUCCCAGUGAAAUUAAAAAAGAUUUUUAUUUUUUAAUGAAAUAUUGCAGCAUUUAUAGUAAAUAGCUUAUCAAUGUGGGUCAUUUUCUUUUUAAAUUCAUGUACCCUCAUAAUCUUAAAUUAAAAUCUGAAAAUGCACUUCCGCCCAGAAAUGACGAUCCAUCUCAAACGAAGUAAACUAGACGUCUUGGCCGGAGCAUCCGUUAACUCCUCCUCGUCAAUGCAACAGCUGUUUUUACACAUCCAAUCAAUUCGCAGUGAAAACCGCAAGCCACGGCCACUAAUUUUCUCCUUUGAAUUUACUUUUCACUCGGAAAUGUGCCAGAAUAUGGAAGUAAAAACGAUCGCAACUUUCGGGUUCACGGGGACUUUAAUUCAUCCUCUCUGCUGAAUGCAAAAACACCAGGCGGGUUGGACUGAAGCUUAUUUUAUUCAUUUUCGUUCUAUUCUUUAUUUAUUGGCUAUUUGUACUAUUUCUGUUUUUACUCUCUUCAUAUUUCAAGUAUUACAAUUUUCACAUUUCAUGCAAAUCUAUGAUCUGUCCAUAAUCCUAGGUAAAGCACAACAAUUGUUUACGUUUUUGUUUUUAAACAUACUGUAUUAUUAUUCAUAUCUUAUUCUGAACAAAGAUAAAAAAUAUUAACAUUGAGGUCAUUUUGGGUGACGUGUGUCCAAAAUGAACUGCACUGUUUUUUAUAAGCACUGCCAAAGAUUUCAUUUAAUCUUUAUAUGUUUCAUACUCUUAUAAACAUCUUUUUAAUAUGACUUGGUAUGUGUUUUAUGCAUAAACGUAACGUUACAGUACGUAUGAUAAUAAAAGCACCAGAAUGACCAUUGGUUGACUGGAGAUUAGUACAGACGUAGCCUAUGUUUUUCUCCGUCAUGGUUUGUGCUUCAUGACUGCAUGCAUGGUACAGAGUUCGAGAUCUCAUCACAUGACUUUUAUCAAAGGCGAGACCUCGCUUCAUUUGUCAUGUGACUCUGUAAACUGACUGGGUUAACUGGCUGUUGUGUCUUUUCCCGUUAGUACACGUA